AUGGAGUUGAACGCAAGUGACAAAAUACGGAGAUUUUGCUAUCUCGGCAGGUUAGAUCCCGUUUAUGGACACUUACGUGGUACUAUUAACGUUUCCUUUUAUCGACCACAACUGGAGGUUCUUUGCAAGUCACUAGACCACAAUACAAUGCUGAUAAUUUUGAAGCAAGUUUUACAGGAAACUACGCUAGUGCGACGUGAUGAACCGCUUUUUGUUUACGCCGUUUACCUAGCUAGUGACGUUGACAUUGUUGAGAAGACAGCUUUAAGAAAAGUCUUUCCGGCAUUAAUACAAAAUGAUGAGGACCUUUUCUUAUUUUGUAAAUAUGCCAUUAUCAUUCAACGAGAAAGGAAUCACAAAGGCUUCACUAAUACAGUGCGGAAAGCUAUUAACUCUUGGUAUGAGAGCCAGACGCCCGAUAAUUUACAUCAAAUGUGGCUUUCGCAUCGUGGCGGACACGGUUUCACACACCAAUCACUUCUUAAGUUGUGUCACGUCAAUGAUGACACAAUUGGUGCUGCUGGUGUAGUAACGCCAUUUUUUAAAACUUGUACUGAGUUACUUAAAAUGUCGGAAGGUAGUGAGAAUGCUGUAGACAAAGAAGAAAAAUCAAAAAGUAGCACAGAAACUACAACCUCUGCAAUUUUGUCUGUAAGCAAACUUCGAACAACAAACAAUAAAACAGAAGCGCUAAAGAUUAUACGAAAGUUCAAGUUACGCUACAAUCAAGUUCCAAUACAUUUUCUAAGAUCCGGUCCUAUUAUGGAGGCUUUAAUACCAACUAUGACACUUAAACAGUUGUUGCUUAGCUGGCGUUAUUUGGCACGUUACAAUCACUUUGAGAAUCCAAAGGUAAUGAAAUUGUGCCGAUCAGUUUUCGAAAAUAAGAAAUUACUUCGCAAAGACAACAUUCAUCCUAUUGUAUUGUUGAUGCAUAUGCGUGAUUUGGGUAUUUGUGAUGAAAAAUCUAAACUAACACCGAAAAGAGCUGAAGCGUUGAAAAUAUCACUACUUAAGCCACUAUACCAGCAGUCGUUCGGUAAUAAUGAGAGCACCGGCUUACGAAUGCACAUCACUAUAAAUAUACAGAAAAACUAUAAAAAAAAAACUCUAAAAAACCACAAAAAAUUGGCUUAUCUCGAGGCUGCAGUAGCAUUAGCUUUUGGCUAUUUUAAAAGAGAAAAGGAAGUUAAUGUAUUUUAUUGGGCAAAUGAUAAGCAUAAGUUAGGACAUUUGCCAUGGAAUCAUGAAUAUAUUUCCAUUGAUGAGGCGUUCAAGCUUUGUGAUGCAUUGGAGAUUACUGGCACCCCACAACGUCUCAUAACGCCGAUUAUGCGUGCUAUGGAUGCUAAACAGGUGUACGAUGUAUUCUUAGUUAUUGUACCGAAUGCCGGACGUGGUAAUCCUAAAAACAGUUCAGAACUCUUGACUAAAUUUUUGGAUAAAUAUCGCCAAACUAGAAAUGAGAAAGCAAAAUACGUUAUUGUCGACUUGCUCAAAUUUCGCAAAUCGAUGCGUUAUUCCGAUACACGCAAUGAAAAUAUACUUGAAAUUUGCGGUUUAGACGAUCAUACUACGAAUUUGAUAAAUAAUUUUGCAUUAAAUCGUUUUGGUUGAAGUUACAUACAAAUAAUAUUGAUACCAUUGGCGCAGUGCGUUAACAAAACAAUAACAGCAAAGGAAAAGAUAACAAAAUAUAUUUGCUAUACUUGGCAAACUGCGAAAGCGAUUUAAGCUAAACUUAUUUAACUGUGUGUGAAGCAUGGAAUCUCGUAAGUGCACACGAAUUAUAAUUAACCGACUUAUGUAUUACAAUUAUAUCCUAAUGAUAAUAUUUAAAUGUUUAACAUACAUAAAUACAAUAUGGCGAGUUUAACUAACUACAUGAUUAAUAGUAGCAUAGGUUUUAGAACGCAUAAUUAUGAAGAGAAGUUGUAGAUAAUAAUGGAUAUUAAUUUUAUUUUAUUUUUUUUUUCCUUAUUAUGUAGAAUAAGUUUUUUCUAUUUCAGCCACUGAGCAUUACAAAUUUAUGAAGCAAAUUUUUUUUUAUCAUUAUUAUUUUCAAGAAUAUCUCAUUAAGCGGUUUGAUUGUUUAUUUAUAUUGUUGAAUUAAUUAAAGUAUUUAAGUUUUAUACUUGUCUCAAUUGUUUUACAUGAUUUUCUAUAUCAUAUAAUUAAUACUAGUUAAAUUAGUAACGUUUUAAACGCACUUCAAACUAAUUAAGUAUGAAAUAAAACCAAACAAAAACAAUAUAAAUGAGAAUUUGAAGCCAAAUGUUACUGGAAAAUUAAUACAAUCAAAAUCAAAAUUAAUAUCGAAAAAAUCAUAAACGAAACGUCUACCCAUAUGGAUGCUAUACUGAAAUGCCUUAAAAAUAAAAAAUCUCAUACGAUUCGAAAUGCAAACUACCACUUAAGUUAAAUCUAAUUAAAUUAAAUUAUUAUACUUUAUUAAUAUACUACUACAUAGGUAUGUAAAGAAGUAAUGCAAAAUGAUUAACGAAAUUAUUUACAAAGUCUUUACCAUUGGCACAAGUUAGUGUUGCAAACACAUUACACCAAAAGAAAAAAAAAAAAAAAAAAAUAAAUAAAUAAUUGAAUUUAUAAAAGUCGAAAUGUUUAUAUAGAAAUAGAAAUACAUAAACGAAAGUUGAACUGAUACUAAAAAUGAACUGAUUCGAAAAAGUAAAUAGUAAACUGAACUGAAAAUUACAAAUUUUUGUUGAAUAUUUACAAGCGAUUAUUAGUUGAGAGGAUUAUACAUAUUUUUAUUAUUUAAAAAUAAAACCAAACCUUAACUAUACACAAAAAUACACUGACACUAACAUGGACAUGUAAACACAAAAACACAAAGUAAGUUCCACCUUUAUAAAUAGUAAAAUAACAGUAAAUUAGUACUAGUACUCUCUAUUUCAUUGCAAAACUCAUUUUAGUGGUGAGAUAAUUGAUUUUAUUCAAGCAAUUAUUUGCAAAUAUUCUAAUUAGUAGAGAGCUAAGUAAACAUUUAACACAGCAACUUAAAGAAUCUCAUGUACUUGUGUUAAACAUACAUACAUAAUCAUAAUCAUAGAUAUUUAUGCCAACUAAUAAAAUAAAUUCCAUAUAAAAGAAAAAGUUACCUUGAGAUAUUGUUAAAUGAAAAUAUAAAAUAGCAAUAUGCACACAUACAUACAUAAAUACAUACAUAUACAUACGUGUAUAUAUAAAAAUAAUGCUGCCAAAUUUCAAUUGAAAAGUUGCAAUAAACCAUCCUGCUGCCUAAAAAAAAAGUACAUACACGUAUUCGACCUAAAAACCAUAGCACACAAAACACAUUGAGGGAGAUAUUAUAUAGUUUAAAUUAUAGAAAAGAGUUUUUGAUUAAUAAAUAAGCAACAAAACUGCAACCGUAACUGAAUGAACAAUAAACUAAAUACAUACACGCAUACAUACAUUUCAUGACCUAAAGUAAAUAGUAAAAUUUGUGUAUUAACAAGAAACUAAAAUCUUCGACUGCCUUUCAAAAACUGUUUAAAAAAUAGCAACAAAUAAACAAAUAUAGUUACAAUUAUUCAAAAAAAAAA